UGAGCAUGGCACGGUACGACUAUCCCUUAGCCUAUAUAUGCAAGGUUACAAAUUACAAUCAUUUGUUUAAUUUGUCAAAUUUAAGCAAUGCAUGACAGCGCUGUUAAGUGGACAAUUAUCGGUUUUCUUUUGAAAUAUUUCAAAACCAGCAUGCUAUAGUUAAAUAGAGCAGCAGGAGGGACUAUGAAUAUAUUUGUGGUAUUUUUAAACAGACAAUCAACUGGAUAAAAGAUGGAUGUGAUUGAAGAUUUUGUUGAAAUCUUGAGAGUUGUUUUAGACUAUGUUGGAAUUGACAUGGAUGAUAUGUCGGAAUUCCUUGGUUCUCUCAAUACCCGGUCAAGACAAGCCCUUCUUCACAUGAACAGAGCAAUGGUGACAAGAUGGCACCAAUCCGUUACAGAACCACGUGUUAGGAUGACAAGUAAAUGGAGACUCUGGAGGUCAGAUAUACGCCACCGCAGUCUAGUCAGGAUCAUCGGAACCAGUUUACCACUACGGCCAGCAAAACGACUCAAGAUACAAAGUCAUUUGUUGCGGCAUCAACGACGCCGUGACAGUUGUGAUAGUGACAUUUCACUUCUUUCAAUGACAAGCACUGUGUCGUCCUCACAAGCUGAUCUGAUGUGGGUGGAGGAGGACUUAGGGGACAACUGUAUCAGAGUGAGAGCUCAGAAGAAGGAUGAUAUUGAUGACUGUGAUACUUCAGAAGAUUUUGAUAAUGACUUCAUGUUACGUAAUGAGGGUGUUCGCUCUCCCAUGAACUCCACAAUGAUCAACUCUGUCUCAAUGGUAUCCUCCUGUGAUCCAGCCGCCAUCCAGAAGAUCACGGCCAUGGAGGAUGAGCUGACCGCUUUAAGAAAUCAGAUGGCCAUGCUUGUAAUGAUGCAGGAGCAAGUAAAUAAAUCUCAAGCUGUGUCUUCAAAUGUCUGUGCCACACCAACAGAAAAUAGUGCUACACCCAUGUCCACACCCCCAGGAGAGGUUUUGGAUGUUUUCACCCCACCCCUUCCCCCUCCCCCACCUCGAUAUGAGCCUCUGCCUCCAGACUCCCUCACAGAAUGCCUUCCACCACCUCCAGUUAGCUGUGGAGUGCCAAUACCCCCUCCACCACCCGCAGUUUCUGUCACUCCAAGGUCUCGCAGUCCUCAGGCCAUCUCAACACCGAUCCAGCCCACAGUUCUGGCAGUCAAGAUGAAUCCAAAGAACAGUAGGGAGAUGGAGAACUCCUGUACCGGGGCCCUCACAGAUAUCCUAAAGGGGCUAGGCUCUGUCAAACUGAGAUCUGUCCAAAGAUCCCCUGGUGGUACUCCCUUAAAGGUGAAGCAGCCAGAUCGUGAGUACAGUCGGUCCGAUCCUGCUGCUCUCAUUGCUCAAGCCCUCAAGAAGAAAUUUGCCCAGCAGAUGACAUACAGCCCAGAUACUGACAAAGAAAAUGACAACCAUGACUUCAGCUCGUCUGACUUAGAAAACAGUCCACAUAUCAUACAAGGAAGAACAAAGAUGAAGAGGCGCUCCAUUCUGUUUGAUGAUCGGCGGAAGAGUGUGGGCCCAUUACGUGAUCUUAAUGUUUAAUGCCAAUUGUCGAAGCAAGGCAUUUUAUCUUCCAGAAAAACAUGGUUUUAACAUACACAAGACAUUUUAAUCAUGUAUAUAACAAUUUUAUUGUAUGACAAUUGACACAUUUCAUUUAAUAUUAAAAUAAGCUAAUGAAAAUAUUUCUGAUUGUUACUUGAAGCAUUAAUCUGACUUUACAAACCUGGGUUCUCUUAUCGUUCUGUAAACCAGUGUUAACUCUAUCCUAUACAGAGUGAAUUCCCCUGUAUACAUGAUUCCCUGUGUAAAAUAUUCACAGCCACAGAUACAUUGAUAUUAGAUAUCAUACCGAGAUAUUCUCCCAAUGUUGGAUACUUCCAUUUGGUAUAAAAUUUCAUAUAUACAUGUAUGUACAGUAUUUAUUUAGAAAUAAGCCCCUGCCCACAAACAAGUCCCCUUCAUAUUUGCAGAAUCAUCAGUUUUUAGUGAGUGUUUUUAAAGCUAAAAGUGGUUCCCGUAUAAGUCCUCUGGAAACUUGAAUACAUGUACUUAAUUUUCAUACUAGGGGAGGGGAUUUAUUUGAGGAUAAUAAGAGUACAUGACCGGUCAAUCAGUUAAGGGUGUAUGGUACCUUCCUCAGAUUAUUACAGGGUUUAUACUACAUCCUCCCUCAGAUGAAGGGUAUAUUGCUACUGUCCUCAAGUUAAGGUUGUAUUGCUACUGUCCCCAAGUUAAGGGUGUAUGUUAUAUUACAGGGUUUAUACUACAUCCUCCCUCAGAUGAAGGGUAUAUUGCUACUGUCCCCAAGUUAAGGGUGUAUGUUACCUUCCUCAGAUUAUUACAGGGUUUAUACUACAUCCUCCCUCAGAUGAAGGUCCUCAAAUUUUGCUGCUUGUAAUUUCAAAAAUACUGGUUUAUAAAUAUAGUCACAGAUCAGCAUUUGAUUUUCUUUCAUUUAUUUCAUUUUGCAGUGGAAUUACCAGUCUAUAAUUUUCACUAUAAAAAUUAUUACAUGUAUUUAGAUGCAAAAAUGACAGUGUAAUAAGACAAAUACAUUUAGUUAAACAAGUAUGUAAACAUGUGACAUUUCAUCAAGAAAUGUACCACCGGUAUACUGUAUUUGACCAUAUAAGUGCUUCUGUCGCAUAUUAAACCCACACCUGCCUUUUUAGGGAAAAGAUCAAGUCCAGAAAAAGAUUACAUACCUAUCUACAAUACUCAAUCUUUUAUCCAAACAUUGUUCCAGAGUAAUAAUUGACAUAAAAAUGAACUUGUGUUUAAAUGAAACGCAAUACACUUAUGUUUUUGUAACCACAGUAUGCUUAUAAAGGUUAAAUAGUAUUUGGUAUUUUCUAGAAAUCAGUUGAUAUGAAUUUUUACAAUUGUGCAGAAUAACUGCUAACCAAAAUUCUUUUUCAAGUUCUAUAUUGAUCCAAACUAGAUCAGCUCAACUCCAAUAAAAAUUCAAGUGUCCAAUUUAUUCAGCUCAGGUUCUCAAGUCUAAUUCUACACAAAACAGGGGCCGAGUGGUUAAGGUGUAC